AUGACAGAAACAAUGAGCAAUGUCACAGAAUUCAUCCUCCUGGGCUUGACUCAAGACCCAGAUAUGCAGAAACUCUUAUUUAUUGUGUGCUUAAUAGUCUAUUUGCUCACACUGGCAGGUAACAUGCUCAUCUCAGUCACCAUCUUCAUCAGCCCAGCCCUUGCUACUCCCAUGUACUUUUUUCUGUCCUACUUGUCCAUCAUAGAUGGUUUCUACUCUUCUUCCAUAGCACCCAAAAUGAUCUAUGACUUGAUCUCUGAGAAGAGCAGCAUAUCCUUCAAUGGCUGCAUGACUCAGCUAUUUGCUGAGCACUUUUUUGCUGCUGAUGAAAUCAUCUUGCUGAUUGCUAUGGCCUAUGAUCGCUACAUAGCCAUCUGCAAGCCUUUGCACUACAUGACCAUCAUGAGAAGAUCUGUGUGUGUUUCCUUGGUGGUAACAGCUGGAAGUGUGGGAUUUGUUCAUGGAAUGAUACAGACUACAUUUAUAGCCCAGUUGCCCUUCUGUGGCCCCAAUACCAUGAAUCACUUUAUAUGUGAUUUAAUACCACUCCUGGAGUUGGUCUGCGCUGACACUCAUACUCUGGGACCACUAAUUGCUAUGAACAGUGGGUCAAUGUGUUUACUUAGUUUCUGUAUGCUGAUUGCUUCCUAUAUGGUCAUCCUUCACUCCUUGAGGAAACACAGUUCAGAAGGACGUCGAAAAGCCCUGUCUACCUGUAUCUCUCAUGUCUCUGUUGUUGUCUUAUUCUUUGUACCUUGCUCAUACUUGUAUGUAAGACCAAUGACUUCCUUCCCCAUUGACAAAAUUGUGAGUGUGUUUUACACCCUGGUGACACCUCUGUUGAACCCUUUAAUCUAUACCUUCAGAAAUGAGGAGGUCAAGAAGGUUCUUAAGAAACUCUUGGGUCAAAUAAGGUCAAACAAAGAUUAAAGAAGUCCAGUUAUUUUCUAUAUUUAGAUAGUAAUAUCUAGUGAUACUCCAUAUGGAUUUCUUUUCCCUAAAU